CCCCUUCCCCACCUCCCCGAACCCCGUGAAGGCAGCAGCGGCGGCGGCGGCGGCACCGGGAGGCUGUGCCCGCGCACCCCAACCAUGAAGCUGCCCUGGCUGUUUGCGCUCACGGCGCUGCUUGCUCACGCCACCACGGGACAGACGUGGUCACCAUCUAUUGAUGACGAAGGCUCGACGAGAGACGAGUUCUACGAUGAUGAGGACCUCUACUCUGGCUCUGGCUCUGGCUUUCCUGAAAUCAGUAUGAGGCCGACAUCGGUGGGCGUGUCCUUCACAACAGAAGAGCCCCUCCUCCUCUCCACCACCCAGGCUACUAGCCCCGCCCCCUCGGCCUCACCUGCGGCCGAGCCCAGCCCAAACCCUGAGGACCCCGCCACCACCCCUCUUCCCACUGAGGCUGACGGAGAGAGCGGUGCAUUCUGGGAGAGAGAGCUAGAGAAGGAGAAAGAGAGAGAAAGGGAACUGGAAAGGGAGAGAGAGAGGGAGAAACAGUUGGAGAGGGAGAGAGAGAGGGAAAGAGAGAGGGAACGGGUCAGAGAGAUGGAGAGAGAGCGGGAGAGGGAGAGAGAGAGAGAGCGCGAGCGAGAGAGGGAACGUGAGAGAGAGCGAGAGAAAGAGAGAGAGAGGCAGAGAGAGCGUGACCUUGAAAGAGAGAGAGAGCUGGAGCGAAUCAGGGCCGCUGCUGCCGCCCGGACCACCUCCGCCCCAAGGUCACCUGCUGCCAUUCCUGUGGUGACCACCAACGCUGCAACCAUCCCGGCAGAAAGUCCAACAUCCUCUGCUGGUUCGGAUGAUCUUAGCACCACAGAAGAAGAAGAGGAUGUCUACCUGUCACCUGAGACCACCUCGUUUUACCCAGGCUUCGACCUGGAAAUCACCACCGAAGAAGACACACCCACCACAGCAGAGCCCACACCUGAAGCCUCGACAGCUGAUCCUACCACCACCACCACCGUCAGGACCAGAGUCCCCUUCAGGCCCAGGGUUCCCAUGACGACAGCUACUCAGGUGAUGCCAACAGAGAGGACGACCCGUCCACAGCAGCCCACAACUAUACAGGAGGGUAACAAUGAGGUGGGUGCUGUAGGACCAAGUGGAGAUUUUGAGAUCAGUGAGGAUCGCCGCAAUGAUCUUGGUAUAAUACCAGUGGAUCCUGACCUGAUCGGCAACACAGUGGACGGAGGAAGCUCUGCCGCCCAGCUGCCACAGAAGAACAUCUUGGAGAGAAAAGAGGUCUUGAUAGCGGUGAUAGUGGGAGGCGUGGUGGGCGCCUUGUUCGCUGCCUUCCUGGUGAUGCUGCUGGUGUACAGGAUGAAGAAGAAGGAUGAGGGCAGCUACACACUGGAGGAACCUAAACAGGCCACCGUCACCUACCAGAAACCAGACAAGCAGGAAGAGUUUUACGCAUAACACUCGUACGCCAGAGAGACACUGCACACCAAGGGAGAGAGAAAGAUUGAGAGAGAGAAGAGAGAAAGAUACUCUAAGCACCCAUCCUCCUCCUCCUCUUCUUCGUCGCUCCCCCCUCAUCUGCCCGCCUCUCGUCAUCCCUCUCUCCUCUCGUCUCCAAAACACUUGAGAGCGCCUUUCUCUCUGCGGACUUGGAACUUUCUUUUCAAUGAAAACAAAAAAGAGGACAAAAAAAAUCCAAAUAUAUUCUGAAAAAAUAACACAUACACACAAGAUGUUUUUAAAGUAAAUGUUGUUAUUAAUAUUCUACAGAUUCUCUUGUUCUGUAUGUAAUGAUAUGAUUAUUUUGCAAAAAAACAAAACAAAACAAAACACAAGCGUUUAACCUGUGUUUUCCAGCACAAAAACUGUUUUUGUUUUUGUGGAGCAAAUGAAAGGAGGAGAGGAGACGGGUGGAGCGAGCUGACACAAAAAAAAAAAACAACAGCGGUGGGCUCGACUCUGCCCCUCACCCCCUGAAAAACACAGUGUCUGGUUGGCUGCACAGAGCCCAGGGUCAAAGGUGAGAGGAAAGGUCUCUUUUGUGCCUUCCAUCACUCUGAUGCUCAAAAGACACACACACACGCACAUCCAUACAGCCACAUAAGUACAUGCUUACACACAUGCACAUGCACACACACACACACACACACACACACACACACACACACACACACACACACACACACUUGUAUCUGCUUGAAGGUGGCUCUGACCUCUCUCUCUGUGCUUGGCCAACCAGAAAACGGUGUUCAACCCUCGGUGCGUUCCACAGCGUCGAGGAGCCGCUGUGGAAACACUGGCCGGUCGCAUCGAGGUUUGCUCUGUGGCCCGUCUGCUCCUCUAAGCUGUACAAAGACUAGUUAUGGAUAGUAAUAAUAAUCAAUAAUAUAUCAUUGUUUUGGGCUGGAUGGUGAAUAAUAAUAAUAAUAAUAAUACCGUAAUAAUAAUAAUACUUAAACAGGAGGAUGUGUAUUUAGCAGUUUAAAAAAAGUUUAUAUGUAAAUACUGUAUUCUUUCUGGCAUCACUAACCAUCUGCAUGAUCAUGGAGAGUUUUUAUUCAUCACAUUCAUCAUCACUUUAGAUGAGCUGUGCUCUCGUCAACCACAUGCACUCACACAAUUACACAAACACACACACACACACACACACACACAGACACAUGCAGAGAUAUACUUUCAUUGCAUUUAAACACACCACACGGAUUUUAAAUAUACAGUAGAUCAUAUCAUUCAAACACAUAUCAACCCCAUCAUCAUCUUCAUCAUCGUCAUUGUGAUAGUCAUCACUUUUGAUACGAGCAAGAUCUGGUGGUUUCAAUAUGUUAUUGAUUAGUUAUCGAUCAGUUGCCGGUUGGUUUAGAGUUUGGUCUGUUUGUUUAAAAGCACAACUGUGUGUCCAAUCAUCACAUCAUCCGAUACCCCCCACCCACACACCCUUUGCAUGCCUCAUUUUGUUUUUCUUCCACAUUUGGGUCUCUGUUUGGGGAAGGGAGGGGCCUCUGGGAAGCGUGAGGGGCUUUAAUGAAAAACAGGAAGUCUGAAUCUGCGCAGGAAGUUGCUCCCACAUGCACUACUUCAGUCAAAUCAUAACUUAAAUCAUAAUUAAAGCGUUGGUUAUGAAAGGAAAGAAAAAGACUUUGAAUAAGUGUUUAUGGUGUCAACUUUAACCUGCAGGACCAUUUUGGGGACGGCGACCAGGUAAUGCGUUUAGGAUUUGUUUUUUUCAGGGGGGGAGGAGACAGGAGGGCUGUGCUUCUAUCUAAGAGAUUGUAACAAUAACCACACCAGUGCGACUGGGCUAGUAGCUUCUAUUAUACUCAGUACUGUAGAACAAAAAUGCAUGGGAGUCAAAACUAUACUAGUCUGGGUGUGUGUGGAUGCCUGUGUGUGUUUUUGUCUGUGUGUACGUCUGAAAGAAAAAUAGGGGCGAGUUAAAGUUGGAAUGUACUGUGGUCGAGUGUGUGUUUACCUACUCCAGCAGUUCUCACGCUCUUCCACAGACAGGUAACACACCUCUUCCACUCCUGUGUGUGUACGUCGCCUGCCCCCUCACCAGUGUGAGAAUAUAUAUGUGUGUGUGUCUACACCUCAUCUAAACCCACCACCUGUAUGUGUGCGAGUGUGUGCGCGUGUGCGUGUGUGUGCAUAUGCCUGAGUGCUUCCCCUUGGUAUUUCACAACAGACUCUUGUGUACACGAACUAGCCUGUCGAUUUGUGUGUCUGCGUGCGUUUAGUCCGUUCACUGCUGAAUGUGGGGCAGCUGGUCCCUCACAGUGGCUUUCACACACACUGACUGUGUAUUCUCACUGUCUGUCUGUCUGACUCUGUCUGUCUGUCUGUCUGUCUCUCUGCCGUAGGACAGACGGACAGACAACACGCCACUUUUCUCACAGGCAGGAAUGAUCUUAACACGUACUGUCUUUUCUAAAGUGACUGUCAAAGUGUAAACAUGUGCGUUUGUAUCCAUAUAAGCCUGCGUAGCCAAAUAAGAUGUGUGAGUGAGAGAGAGAGAGAGUGAAUUUGUAUGUGUCUGAGUGUAGGUAUGCAUGAGUCAGUGUGUGUGUGUGUGUGUGUGUGUGUGUGAGUGUGUGUGUGAAGCCUAAUGGAGGUUACACUACUCUAUGUUUGCUGUUCCCAUUCCUGUUUUUAUACAUUUGCAUUUUUUUAAGGCUGAGUUUCUGUCAUUGGCUGAGUGAGCGAGAGGAGGCGGAUCCUCCACGCCACCGCCCUGUCACUAAUCUGCCACUCU